AGCUGAACAAGAAAGGUAGCAAUUUUCUAAGACAACUUGCAACAUCGUUGUAAUAUUCUGUGUUUGUGCGUAUAUAUAUAUAUUCCUUAUUCAUUAUCGUGCCGAGGUAAACGGUCACCGUCCUUACGCACUUUCCCACCGAGUAAUUGAUGUGUUCCGACUUCCGGCGAUCUCAUCUACUCGUAAAACCCAGCAACUCACAAAAAUCAGAGCUUUAUUAUAGUUGCCAGAACAAAGGAAUAUAGCUAUGAAAGCUUUGUUAUAUCCAGACCCAUUGAUAUCUCCAGUACCAAUUACAAAAACCAGACCUUUUUUGAAUCCUCAAACUUCCGUUCGAAUUCCCAUUAAACGCGUCGACUAUUGGGUCGGGAAAAGCAGUUAUUCGGCCAUUAAUGCUGUAUUGAAUUCUGCAUCGAUUGAUGAACAAGAACCCGAUACUAAGAACCCGGCUUUGUCAACUUCGUAUCGGAAUUCUGAGUUACCAAAGCCCAAUCAGACUGUACUGGAAGCUCAAACCAAAGUUUGUACUGGGCCAACUCAAACCAGGCCUCUCACUGAGGAACAGGCCUUCAAGGUUUUGGACACCAUUUUGAAAUCAGCAAAGGGAGAGCUCAAAGAUGAAGAACCAGUAUCAAAAGCACAACUUGGGGCAUUUUUUUCUGCAAUGACCAUUCGUGCAAAUGCCUUCCCAGAGCCAACCCAAUGGAGUGAAGGGGAAAGGCGUGCAAUGAACCAUUAUUGGCCGCAAUUGAUUCGAGUGCUUCCCCAGGAUACCAUAUUUAUUGCUGAUCCAGAAGGCUCGAUAAUGGGAGUUGGCAGUUCAAUAGGCCCUCAAUUCGUUGGUAAUGGUACUGCGGAGAUGAGACUCGUUGGUGCCCUUAGGGAAGUUUUGGCUGGGGGUCAUCUUGGAUAUGAGGAAGUUCAGGGUGUUCUAAAAGAUGUCCUUCCGUUGAAAGUAGGAGAAAUGGAAUCAUCUAGUGUAAGUGAGUCACUGUUUUCUGCAUUUAUGAUAGGCCAACGAAUGAAUCGGGAAACAGACCGUGAGCUGAAAGCCUACUGCCUUGCAUUUGAUAAUGAACUUGGCCCUGCACCAGUUGCUGAUGUAAACUCAUUGACUCACUACGGUGAGCCUUAUGAUGGAAAUACCCGCUACUUCAGGAGUACACUGUUUGUUGCUGCUGUUAGAUCCUGCUAUGGUGAAUCUUGCUUGCUCCAUGGAGUGGAUUGGAUGCCACCAAAGGGAGGCAUCACUGAAGAACAAAUGCUGAUGUUUAUGGGAGCAAACACACACUUAACCCCCUCUCAAGCUAAAAAGCUUCUUGAGGAUGAUGAAGUUGGUUUUGCUUAUAUAAGUCAACGAGAAGCUCGCCCAUCUUUAUACUCAUUGAUAGGGUUAAGGGAACAUAUAAAGAAACGCCCACCACUGGCGACAGCUGAGAAAGUUCAACAAAUUGUGCGGGCUCGGGGGAAGGAAGCAAUUGUUGCUGGUUUCUAUCACGAAGGUUAUGAAGAACCAUUGUUAAUGCUUAUGAGGAGAAGGGGUGUGCAUGCUGGUUUGGUUGUAAAGGGUGAGGAAGGUGCACUUUCAAUGACGACGAGGUUGCGGACAGCAAAUGCAUCAAAAGGAUUUCCUGUGAAUUAUUGCUCAGGGUUUCGUUCAGUGAAUUUGGCACCUGCUUGUGCAGUUGAUGGUGUAUCACGUGAGAGUUUCAAUAUUGAGGUUAAUGCCAAGGAUUAUGGCUUUGCUCCCACAGAUACUCCAAGAACAGAUAGAUCUGUUGCAAAGAAUAUAGAGUUGGGUUUAGCAGCUUUACGUGGAGAGAAGGGUCCAGCAUACGAUAGAAUUGUCUUAAAUGCUGGUAUGAUCGAUCAUUUGCUUGGGUCUGAUGGAGCUCAAGACAUAAGUGCAGCUUUUGAUAGAGCCAGAGAAGCCAUUGAUAGUGGCAAGGCCUUGACAAGAUUCCUGAAUUACAUCAAGACAUCUAACAAAGUGGUAUCAUAGUUGAGGCAUGUUGGAUUUUCUCCUUCCUCGUCUAGGCCAGCCAUUAUCCCAGCAAAUGUGUAAUGGGUUUAUGUCCAUAUGCAUGUACAGAUGAUGGAAGUUGAAAUUCAGAAUUGUUUUCUUUAUCUUUUGUCAUUUAAAUCUGUUGUACAUGUCCGAAAGAUUUUCACUGUUUCAAUUUUGCUUAGGCAGGCUUCUCUUAUACUGUUCCCCCUUUUUCCCUACUUGAAAAGGUCUCUUCCGUAGAGGACUUGAGAACUGAUCUAAAGAACUGUUCUGAUAUUUAGUUAUGAACUUAUUGUCAGUA